AUGAUCAGAACAGUAAAGCCUAAAAACGCCAGAGCUAAGAGAGCGUUAGAGAAAAAAGAAGCAAAACUAGUUGAAAAUGUCAAACAAGCUUUGUUCAUUCCCGGUCAAACUUGUAAUAAGCUACUACACGAUGCCAUGGUUGAUCUUAGCGCAUUGAAGAAGCCCGAUAUGAAGAGAUUUUCUAAGAAAAAUGAUGUUCAUCCAUUUGAGGACGCAUCCCGAUUAGAAUUCUUCAGUGAGAAAAACGAUUGCUCGUUAAUGGUCCUAGGAACACACUCCAAGAAGAGAAGAAAUAACUUGACCUUUGUCCGUACUUUUGGCUACAAGAUAUAUGACAUGAUUGAACUUCAGAUCGCUGAGAAUUACAAGUUGCUGUCUGAGUUCAAGAAACAAACAUUCGCCGUCGGCCUGAAGCCAAUGUUUACCUUUCAAGGUGCUGCAUUCGAUACUCACCCUGUUUACAAGCAGGUGAAAUCUUUGUUCUUGGAUUUCUUCCGUGGUGCACAGACUGAACUACAAGACGUUGCAGGAUUGCAGCAUGUGAUUGCAGUUACUAUUCAAGGAGACUUCCAAGAUGGAGAAGCUUUGCCAAAUGUUUUGUUCAGGGUCUACAAGUUGAAGACUUAUAGAAGUGAUCAGGGUGGUCGUAAGCUGCCUCGUGUUGAAUUGGAGGAAAUAGGGCCACGGUUUGACUUCAAAAUUGGACGAAUUCACACUCCUUCUCCAGAGAUGGUUAAGGAAGCGCACAAGAGAGCCAAGCAAUUAGAGACAAAGACUGUUAAGAAUGUAGAGAGAGAUUCAAUGGGUGACAAGUUAGGUAGAAUUCAUGUUGGAAAACAAGACUUGUCAAAGAUGCAAACAAGAAAACUGAAGGGUCUCAAGUCGAAAUAUGAUCAAAACUCAGUGAAUUCUGAAACUGAAGAUUAUGUUAACGAUAAUGAGGAGCACCUACGUUCUGUAGAUGAAAGCUAUGGUGAAGAUUUUGUUACUGCUACUGAUAUCGAAGCAGAACCACCUACUAAGAGGCAAAAGAAAUAA